AUGAAGGAGUACUACUUCAAGUCAGCUCAUCCUACCACACUUUCUGCUGGUUCAUCGAACCUGAAGUACAGGAACCCAAAGUAUCUCUCAAUGCUCAAUCACCUCAGGUUUUAUCUCCCUCAGGUUUAUCCCAAGUUGGAUAAAAUCCUUUUUCUUGAUGAUGACAUUGUUGUUCAGAAAGACUUAAGAGGCUUGUGGUCAGUAGAUCUUCAUGGAAAAGUGUGGAAAGAGAAGGAUAUAACUGGAAUAUACCAAAAAUGGCAGAAUAUGAAUGAAGGCAGGGUUCUGUGGAAGCUUGGAACUCUCCCUCCGGGCUUAAUGACUUUUUAUGGGUUUACACAUCCACUUGAAAAGUCGUGGCAUGUGCUCGGGUUGGGUUACAGUCCAAGCGUUGAUCGAUCAGAAAUUGAGAAUGCAACUGUUAUACAUUACAAUGGAAACAUGAAACCCUGGCUAGAGUUAGCAAUGACGAAGUACAGGCAAUACUGGACGAAGUAUGUCAAGUCUGACCAUCCUUACAUACGCAGCUGCAAACUAAGUGAAUAA